GCGGCGCGGUGGGGCCCAGUGCUCACAAAGCGGCGCGGGCAGGCGCAGGGCUGAUGCGUUGCUGUGGGUUCGCUCAGCCUCAGAGGCGGCAGCGCUGAGGCGCAGGGUGGGGAGGACCGAUGGCGGAGGCGGGCGGCGCCGCGGCGGCGCCCGACAUCGACCCAGACUUCGAGCCGCAGAGCCGGCCGCGAUCCUGCACCUGGCCCCUGCCGCGGCCUGAACUGCCGGCGGAGACGGGCGGCGCGGCGGGCGCGGCGGAGGAGAGCGCUGGCAGCGCGGCGCCGGGGCCCGGGCGGACCGAGGGGGCGCGGGCGGCGGCGCGGAAGGGCGGCUCCCGGCGCAACGCCUGGGGCAACCAGUCCUACGCUGAGCUCAUUAGCCAGGCCAUCGAGAGCGCCCCCGAGAAGCGGCUCACGCUGGCGCAGAUCUACGAGUGGAUGGUCCGCUCCGUCCCCUACUUCAAGGACAAGGGCGACAGCAAUAGCUCCGCCGGCUGGAAGAACUCUAUUAGACAUAACCUGUCCCUGCACAGCAAGUUUAUUAAAGUUCAUAAUGAAGCCACAGGGAAGAGCUCUUGGUGGAUGCUUAACCCUGAGGGUGGUAAAAGUGGCAAAGCACCAAGAAGAAGAGCUGCCUCCAUGGACAACAGCAGCAAACUUUCAAAAGUCAGAGGUAAAGCAUCUAGAAAGAAGCCUCCUCUCCAGUCUGCUCCAGAAUCUACUGCUGACAGUCCUGGCUCCCAGUUCCCUAAGUGGCCUGGGAGCCCAUCCUCAAGAAGCAAUGAGGACUCUGACAUGUGGAACACAUUCCGGCCUCGAACCAGUUCCAAUGCAAGCACCAUUAGUGCCAGGCUUUCUCCUAUCCUGACAGAGCAGGAUGACCUCCAUGACGAAGAGCUACUUCCUUCUCUGGUGUACUCUAGUGCAUCCAGCAAUGUUCCACCUACUGUGACUGAGGAGCUUGAGCUCAUUGAUGGGUUAAAUUUGAUGUCUCCCAGCUCAUCUGUGUUAUCUUCCCAGCAGUCUGCCUCGAGUGGUCAGAUCCAGAGAGAUUCCAGCUUUUCGUUGCGGAAUGCAGCUGGUCAGACCACUACUUUUGGCAAUUCCCUGUUUAAUCCUGUUGAUAUCUCACUACAAAGUUCUGUCAGCCAUUUCUCUUCCCCUCAGAGCUUAGAAGCUCUUCUGACAUCCAGCUCUCCACCUCCGAGGGAUGUUAUGAUGACUCAGGUGGAUCCAGUUCUCCCGCAGACUGGUAACAGGAUGAACAGCCGAACUCUUCUGCUUCUAGGUGGACAAGCUGCCCAGAGUAAGAUGAGCUCAGGCAAUCCACGAGGGAAGCCUACAGAGCAGCAGGCAGAACCAGUCAGUGCCAGUGUUUUGCCAUCAACACUUUCUAUAGUAACAUCUCAGAAUACUGCCAGCAUCACCAGUUUGAAAGCUCCACUUUCUGCAACAACUGCCCAGUCAGUUCAGCUGGGCAGUCCACUGCUUCUUUCUUCUGCUAGCCCUGCUCCGUUGGGGUUGAACCAGGACAGGCUGCCCAUUGACCUGGACAUUGACAUGUACAUGGAAGACCUUGAAUGCGAUAUGGAUUACAUCAUCAACAGCGAACUUAUGGAUGGAGAAGGAUUGGACUUUAAUUUUGAACCCAUUCUGUCUACUCCCAGCUAUCCCAGCACCUCACAGGCCUCCAACCAUACCUGGGUACCAAGCUAACUUCAGGAGCACAAAAAGUGUCCUUCAGGUUUGAAGAUAGGGUUCUGACUUCACUUCCCACCCUGGCAGAGAAAAGAAUGGAGCAUGUUGGAUUCGGUUUCCCUGCACACCAUGCCUUGGGCAGAAGGGGCUGCCCACCUGGGAAGACGGGACAACUUGCAUCUCGCUGCAACAGGAAUAGCUUAAAAAUAACAAUCCUGUUGUGUGUCAUGGCUCUUCCUACAGACCUACCCUGUCUUGAACCAUCUGGAGAGACUCUGGGCUGUACAUGUCCAAAGAGGAGCACUGGUAAAAACCUUGGCCAGAAGACUCUGCCAGGCACUAGCGUUUUCCCAUGUGAAGAGUUGGGUUUGCUGGAGGAAUCUCUCAGUGGCUAUCCUCUCUCUGCUAUGGCAGCAGGUCUCCCCGUGCCUCGGGCUGGUGGAAGGUUGUCUCUGCUCUGGGGGCAGAGUAAUUGGAUGUUUUGGUUAAGUCACCAGAUUUGCACUUAGUAUCCCAUAGGCUCACAGAGGAAUUGGAAGGAGCUCACUGGUGGAAAGCCUGUGGGAAAAGGGUGCACUGUUUCAGGGCUUGGUUUCAGUGUUUCAGUGUGCCCACUCUGGAGCAUCCAGCAUCAUGCUGCAGGGAAGGGUGGUGAUUGUGGUGUAGAAGGCUUCCUCUUGUCCACCUGAGUGGAACAGGAGAGCAGAGUUUUUCACUGUGCCAUCUGAGCCCCAUUGAAUCAGAAGCAUGUUUCAAGAAGUCCCUAUGCUGUUGUCAGCAAUUUCCUGAUACACCAGGCUGCUGUAAAAUAAGCACAGGUGCUAAUAGCUGUUCCUGGGACAUCAAAAUAUCAUUUUGGGUUUGUUCCUGAUCUGUCUUGCUACAGCAGAAAAAUGGAAAGCCUGGGUGUGGCCUUAACAGAGCCCUGGUUGCUUUUCAGAAGGGCAUUUUCUAUAGAUGAAAUAUUUUUGUACUAAUCUGAGAACUUUCUACAGUGAAUAUGAAGCCAAUGUUAAAUGUGUCCCCAUUAGGUGUAUUAGGCAUCUCUCCCUCUGAGAAGGUACCAGCGACAGACUUGUUUUUCAGAGCUGUAAUAGGAACAAAUACAUUUGAUGUUUGAUAAUGUAUAUGAUCGAGAGGAAAGAAUUGGCAGGUCCCCAUGGUUUCAAACCACCUUGGGGAAGACUUGUACAUUAUUGUAAUCUAUAUGUAAAAGUAGCUGAAAAUUACAUAGACGCUUUUCUAAACCUUUUAAAAUAUAUAUUAUAUAUUUUAAAUGAAAAUGAGAAUGUUGGAUUAAAAAACCAAAAAACACAAAAAAAACCCACAACAAAACCCCCCACAAUCCCACAUUCCCUUCAUCUGUCCAUAUGAUACCAGGUAACACUACAGCAUGGGAGGGAACAGGCCUAAGGCAUUUUGGGCCAAGAAGCUGAAAACGUGAUUGGAAAGGCAGGAAGGGGCAGCCCAGUGUGAGUGGGGAACAGCUGCUCUCCCCAGACCAGGCAGGAGGUGCCUGCAUGGCUCUGAAUUCAGCCACAGCCACUCAGCCUCCUUCCCGACUGGGCUGAGAGCAUGAUAUGAGGAAUGCUGAUCAUCAGCAGCACUAUCAUUCUCAGCUCAUCACUUCAUUAGCUGGGCAGUAGCCGAUACAUAGGACAGAUUCCCUAAUCUGCUAAGAAGAUGGUGUGGACUGGGUCAUGCUUAGGUUGCUGACCCUCUUGGUAGGCUUAUGAAAGGCAGGAUCAGUUGUAUUUGGUAGCUCCCUUUUUGGUUUCUGCAAGGUUUUGUUUUCUUGGUGAAGCUUCUGCUUCUAUGGGGGGACUUGAAGACUGUAGGCCCACCCUUAGGAAUGUGCCUGGGAUCCUCCCCUGUCUUUUUGUUCUUGCAGGCCAGAAGCUAGGAGUCAGGAGUUCAGUUCAUUAGGUGGUGUAUCCUGUCUCGGGUGUUUGCAGUGGCAGGAUCUAUGCGAGACGUGUUUUCGUGAUGUUCUGAUAGACUUGGUCUGGCAGAAAGUCUUUCCAGUCCUUUCCGAAGGUUUGUAUCAUGCAGUACAGUGAACCAUACUGUUUUACCACCUCAUCUGCUCCCUUUGCAUGGGUUUAAUUUCAUUUUCAUUUGAGUGGCAGUGGGAAAAGUGGUUUGUCUGGUUAUUUGCAACAAGUAGUCUUCAGCAGUCUUAGCAUGUUGUGCCAUCAGAGCCUUUGAAUUGCUGGAUAACCUUUGCUUUGAAGGCUGCCUCCCUGGCAGACCUCAUGGUGAUACGUUUCUAAUUUACCCACAGUCUGCAUGUCUGGUAACACCUCAUUGUAAAAACAAAAAGGCAGAGCCUAAGCAGGAACCCCAGGCCUUGCGGACUGGAGUCAUGUACUGACACUCUCACUGCAGUUAAUUCAUGACACAGAUAGAUACCCUUCCCUCAGUGACCUGAUGGCAUGUGCUGCACAGAAGAAUCUGUGGCUGUUCUGUGCUGCAGUUAAUAGAUCUGGAGGGAUUUGUGUCCCUUGGCACAUAAUAUGCCACCUUGUCAGCUUGGGCCCUGCGGGAAAAUGAACCCCAUCAUCUCCAGAGCAAGUUAACUGCUAGUGCUUCAUGCCACAUAUCAAAGGACAAGACACUGGUGUGUGUGGUCAUGUUACCUGAAUCUCUAGAUCAUUUCCCAUUAAAAUGGAGUCCAAAGCAAUAGGAAGGACAAUAGCACCUAUUCAUUGGAUUUUUUUUUUCCCCCAUAUUCCCAGUCUGGACUCCUGGGGACAGUGUUGGAGACAGGAGCACCUCUGGCUGGAAUGUUGCUGUAGCAGUGUGCUGACAGCGAUGUCUGUCUUGCAGCAGUCUGUACAGAUGCUCUCUGUCUCCUCAACACAACAGGAGCGAGCAGAGGCUGAGGAAGUCUGAGAGUGCCCUAGUGCUGAGGAUGGUGUUCAGAGACUCGUGGUGCUCCCAGAGUGCUCAGUAAAUCAUUAAUAUAAUGUUGCAGGCUAAAGCAGGCAACUUGGUUUCUCGUUUCUGUAUGUGUAGCAGGAUAGCUUGGAUCGUGGACACAGAGGGCAGGGGUGCAGAGAAUUCAAGACUUCUCCAGCCCCUUCUGAAAUCACUUCUGUUUCACAAACCUUGAGCUUUUCUAGGCUGGGAUAUUUCCUUAUAGGACACAGGAGACUUUACAUUUGCUGAACUGCUGCUUGCUGAAAGGCUGAACCUGGCUCAAUACUUCUCCACUUUCUUGUAUUCUUGCUGAAAGUAUUUGAUGCUGACUGCAGCUGGAUUCAGGAGUGUGUCCUGGAUGAUCUGCAUCCUACAGACCCCAUGCCUGUGGGCCAGUGUUUGCUCUAGUGAAGGGUUGGGCUGGGAUGUUGAGAGCAUCUGUGAGCUGGCUGGGGAGGGAAGGGGACACUGACAUGGGGAGCGAUGCUCCUGGGUAAGUGCCUGAGGGCAGUGUGCAGGGGACUUAUGUUGUGCUGUGUGGGUUUUCCUUGUCCUCACAAAGCUUGGGUGACAAGUUUAUUCCUCUCCAGAGGAUCAGUGCCAUCUUCCAUGGUGUGAAGUCACCAUGCAGCUCUGGCCUGCAAAGGAUUUGGGUAACUAGGCCUGUGAAGCCUAGUAUGAGGCAGACUUGUUGCCUUGAGUUACACCUGGUUUAGCAAACUGCUUAAGCCUUCUUUAUAACAAGUGCAUUUUGCUCUACUCCCAGCUUCCUCUCAGCUUGGGAUAUUGAAAGCUUCUUGGAACCCUUAAUUUUCUUUGUUGGUGUGUCUAAACCCAUGUCAUCCCCUACUCUGUGCUGAGUAAAACCAGCUGUCAGAUCGUUGUGGUAAGCAGGAGGAAUGAAGUGUUUCAGAGCCCAAGUGCAUUCAUAAGCUAGUUUCAUACCAGAAGCAAGUAGCACUAAUCAGCUUUUCCAAAGGAAAUGCCUAGAAAGCUGUCACAUAGACAAUAAUUUCUUAAUUCUCUCACUUAGUUGCAUAUUUAUAGCCACACUCCAAUGCUUCAGGGCUAGCGGUGCUCCGAGAAUGAGAAACCUGUGUCUGGUGCCACAGGUACAAGUGCCUUGGGAGUGAUGGCCUGGAUGUCACCACAAUAAUACUCAAGCUUGGACCCAUGAUAAAAAAAACCCAACAGGAAAUCAAUCAGCUCUGGGGCAAGAACAUGCACAGGGGUAGCUUGCUUAGGGUUUGCCUCAGUUGCAAGGAAAACAUGUUCUAAUUAAGGUGGGGAAAAGCCAGCAAGGGGUGACUCCUGAAGCCUGGAAGAUCUGUCCAUGUGAAAGCUCUGUAGCACAUGGCAAUCCAUGACUGUAGUUGCUCGCCCUUCAAGAAAGGGAUCCCCUCUAUUCAGUAGCUUUUAUGUCUCUCUCUGCAGCCAGUGUGUCUGUGGGUGAUGGAAAACCAUCUCUGGGUGGAAUCAAACCUGCAUCCAGGAUUGUGGUGUAGAGCAGGGAGGAGAGGCAGCAGGAGCUACAGGUCAGAGAGCUGAUGGUGUUGCACUGGUGUUCUCUAGCUAAGGCAAUGGUAUGGUGUGUGGUAGAAAGGGAUGUUUGCAGCUGGUGCUGUGUUCUCCAAGGUGUCUUUGAGAGGUUUGGCUACACAGAGAUAGGUCGCUGCUCCUGAAAGGAGCUCUGUUCACUGGGCCGUGGGGCUGGUUCUGUGAAAUGAUGCUUGCAGCACAGCAGAGUCUUCACCGGGUGUGAGCCCAGAAGGGUUCCUGCACUGCUGGCACAGACAUUGCUGCACACAGGGCAGCACCGCUUGCGGUCAGUUUCCAGCAUCCCCCUGCACUCCUGCACCCACUCCUCACCAUUCUGUUUUUUGCAUAGAAAAGUCUGGUUCUGUUUGCUCCCGGGAGCAGCAGAGCCCUGCCCUGCCGUGGGCUCUGGUACCUCUGUGCUGGCAAGGCAGUAGAAUGGGCUAGACUAGGGGAGAAUGUUUGACAAAUAAAAACCUGUAAUCCUCACUGUG